UCAGCUUAAAUAUUUCUCUUCUUUUCUUUUUCUCCCUUUGCUUUCUUCUCUUUAUCUCCUCUCCUUCAAGAUGGCAGAUAACAACACCACAACUCAAGAUUUUGAUGGUUCCUCUCAGACUACUUCUACUGGUAACAAAUAUGGAGGACUUGCUCCAAAGAAGAAGCCUUUGAUUUCAAAGGAUCAUGAACGUGCCUUCUUUGACUCCGCAGACUGGGCUCUAUGCAAGCAAGGUGCAGGAGUUGAUCAAAAAUCAACAGUGGCUAUAGAAACAUUGCGUCCCAAAUUACAGAGAACAACUCAUCAACAAUUGCCUCCUAGAAGACCUGCUUGUACAUCUUGAUUCACAUGCGGUACCUUCAAAAUGCUGGUUUUGUUAUGUUAUUUGCUGGCUAAGUAGACAUAAUAUGUCACUAUAAAUACAUGUGUUCUUUUCUUCUAUAUGGGUCUUGGAUGUAAUUACCAAUAACUCUUUAAGAACUUUUGUUGCUUAAGCAUUUAUAAAUAUAUUAUUAUUUCCCACUUU